UUGCGUUUCAGUUUUUUGUUCUGACUCGGUGCAUGCAUAUCUACACCCGUAGGAAGCUGUGACCUAGUAUGUAAUAUUCGCUAAUAUUGUGCAAUAUGCUAAUAUUGUGCAAUGUGUCUUCGCUUGUACGGUGUUCCUACGCGGUUACGGGUAAGAGUUUAGUUAAGUGGCUUCUACUGAUGUGUUCGGUCUUCUUAAUUAGCCUACUGCUCAUAAUGGAUGCUUUCACAAGAGGAAAGUUGUCUGAGUGGGGUUUUGAUGAUUUAGCGGAUGAGUGGGAAGGCCAUGGAAUUGAUGAAGAAGCUUUCAAUUUAUUAACGGAAAACGACGUAAAAGACCUUAUUCCACGGAUUGGACUUCGCAGAAAAUUUCUGCACAAAUUUCAGGAAUAUAAGUUAAUUCAAAACAGUUCAGUGUUGAUAGACCGUGAGUCAUUUCAAGACACCAAUAUUUCUCGUUCUUUCUCAUCUGCAUGUACCGUCACACACGGCGGUGGUGGCGGAUCUUCAACUGACGGGUCUCUCUGUGAAGAAAUUACCGAUAGUUUAACACCUACUACAGUUUUUAACACCAAAGCCGUUCUAAAUGCUCCUUACAUUGUAUUUUCAAGCAGUAAUGAUUCCUCGACGGUUUCACGUUUAAUUGAAACGACUGAUGAAGGAAAAAUCAUUAAAGCUAGUUACGGCAGAGAUAAAGACUUUUUGAGAAAUAAAUUGGCUGAAUUAGUUAUAAAAAGUGAAUUAUCCCGAAUGAAGGAUGCUAGAAUCUCUUCUGCAAGAUUUAUGCAACUAGCCAACGAAAUAAACGAUAUAUUCCCCCAUGAAAGUCCAGAAAUAUAUUAUGUUCCAUAUGUUAAUAAUAAAGGAAAACCCAAAGCUGCUAGGGGUAAACUAUUUUCUGCCUACUGCUAUUUACGUAAACAUUAUAAAAAGUAUGGACUUAUACCAUCUUCAAACAAGAAUAUAAUUUCGUCACUUAGAGAACAAAAUACGCCUGAAGAAGAAGCCAUUCAGUGGCUAAAAAAUAAUAUAGAACCUUUUACUGAGGUAAAAGAACGCUGGAAAAGUACUUUUCAAAGUAGAACUGUUUUACAAAAAACUUAUUCUAUCUUUGAGUAUUUUAAGGCAUUUCCUUGUUUGAAACUACCUUUAGGAUUCACAUUGGAUGUCAAUGACAUGUUUCUUGUAUUGGAAAGAAGACAGGAAGCAUUGGCUUCACGAAAGUUAACUGCACAACCCGUACCAUUCUAAUUGGUGAAAACUUUAAUGCUAUUGAGUGCUCAUUUGUUAAUAUUAAUGAUAUAAACUAUAAACUCGAAACACCUUUAAAGGCUGUUGAAACGUGUUUUAAAAUAUACCACGUCCUAAAUGCUAAUUAUCCACCUGAAGCAGAGCUUCCUUGGAUUUUUAUCGAAAAAAAAAAUUUUUGGUAUGAAUCACGGAAAAGUUUCGUCGUGGGUAAAUACCUUAAUAGCAGAUAUUGAUAAAAGUGCGACAGAAAAAUAAAAAAUUGUAAUAUAAAGUUUUCGUUUUGUUUAGUUUACUCUACAGAAGAUAAAAAUAUGAUUUGUUUUAUUUGUCGAGACACAUUUGUGACUGUCAAAACGUAUUUGUUUCAUUUAAAAGAAGUACAUAAAAGCAAAAAACUGAUGACAUACUAUUGUGAAGAAGUAAAUUGUUUUAGAACUUUUUCUUGUAUAAAUUCUUUUAGAAAACACCUUUCAAAACAUGAGCGUGAUAAUUUUAAUUUCGAGUCACUUUCUAAAAAUCUUGGCCGUUCUGAAGUAACAGCGAAUGAUGAUAAUCUACAGGAUUCAAAUAUUUCAACAGAAAUUUCCUCUAAACCUGAACAACCACUGCAGUUUUUAAUAGAAACUUUACAAAGU